CAGACACCAAAGCAAUCCAAGCCAUCCAUGAUCACGUGAUCACGCACAAUCCCCGGGUGUCGGUGUCUCACAACGAUCACACCACGUGGAAUCUUCACAUAAAGAACGUCCAAGAGGAGGACAGAGGCCAAUACAUGUGCCAAAUCAACACAGACCCAAUGAAGAGUCAGGUGGGCUUCCUGGACGUGUCGGUGCCCCCGGACUUCGUCCCGGAAGACACCUCCGGGGACGUGAUGGUGCCCGAGGGGGGUACGGUGAAACUCACGUGUCGCGCCAGAGGCCAGCCGGAGCCACACGUGCAGUGGCGUAGGGAGGACGGAGAGGACAUCGUCGUCAAGGAGCCUGCUGGUCAGAGGAUGGGAGUGUCCUCGUACCAAGGCGAAGUGUUGAAAUUGUGGAAGAUAUCUCGAACGGAAAUGGGCGCUUAUAUGUGCAUAGCAUCGAACGGCGUACCACCGACUGUUAGCAAGAGGAUUAUGGUCAACGUUCACUUUCACCCCGUGAUCCACGUUCCGAACCAGCUCGUAGGAGCGCCUCUAGGCACUGACGUCACAUUAGAAUGCAACGUGGAAGCGUAUCCGAAAUCCAUCAACUACUGGGUUCGAGAUACCGGGGAAAUGGUUAUUUCAAGUACAAAACACGAUGUUCGAGUGGAGAGCAAAUCGGUGUUUCACGUGAAAAUGACCGUCAUCAUUCGAAAUCUUCAGAAAGAUGAUGUCGGCUCAUACCGUUGUAUAGCCAAAAACUCGCUAGGAGAGGUUGAGAGCAACAUCAGACUUUAUGAAAUACCUGGACCUACGCGUGUCUAUGGCUUAUCACUGGACGAAGAGGAUUACAACGAGGUAUUUGGGUCUGCCGAGGAUGAGCAAGAUGAAGAAAUCUCCAACAGCGUCAUGGAAAGGUCGAAGUUUUCCACUGUGGAAACGCCAUCUAGGGCCAACUACGUAGAUAACCAGAGUAUGCCGAGCAGCAAAGAGACUGACUCUUCGUCCGAUUUCUCAUCGUCUCGAUCAUCUCUUGUUUUCACGGCCGUUCUUCUUUUGUUCUCUUGUCGUACUUUGAUAUGACGACUGGCCGGUAACGAAGCGUUUUUGUAGUGACAAUAAUAUUGUUCCUUAUACAAUUUGUAAAGAUAAAUAGUCUUCUGAGCUCUGAGCGUGUGUCACGACCAAAAAGGAACAGACAAUUCUCCCGGAGUUCUAUUGUUUCUGGAUCUUCGUUUGUCUUGUUCAGUUCGGUGUCAUGUAGGGUUGAUGCAUUCAUUUAAACACGAUGUAUGACUAUUUGUUUGGACUGAUGAAUUUGAUGUCAUGAAUCAAUUAAGGAAUGUCUUGGAUAUAGGAGAACACUGACCCAAAAACAACAAAUGGAACGACACUUUUCCUCCUAAUCGCAGCCGGCUUUAUAAACAAGCUAUGAUGAGAGAAAUGCAACCGCGCUAACGUAACGUCAAUUUCUGGCUUCGAAAUAAUUGAACAUCAAACUACACCGAGGGAAAUAUCUAUUAGCUGUUA